UAAAUAAAAGUAUUUGUUAAUGAAAAUCAUAUGAAUGGAUGAUAUGACUGAAUGCAGGAUUUGUCGUCUUACUGAUGAUGACUAUGGAAAUGAAGAUAAACUUGACGAGAAUCCAGUGUUAAGUCCAUGCAAUUGCACCGGUAGUAUGAAAAAGGUUCACUUGAGAUGUCUUAAGAGUUGGAUUGAAACCUCAGGAUCUAUGAUUUGCAGUGUUUGUGGCUCACAAUACACCGGAUUAGGUAUGGAUAUAGUGAGGAAAGGCAAGAGUUUUAUCGAGUUCUUGAACCAGUCUUAUCUACCGAUUAUUUUUGCCCUACAAGUUGUGGCUACUAUUGGUUAUCUAAUAGUAUCGAUGGCAUUGUGGACACAUUUACCACAUUUGUAUUACAAAAUGAAAGACAAUCCCAAAGUGCAUAAGUAUUUCAUAUCAUUAGUAAUUCUCUAUCCAAUUGAAUGCAUUCUUGUCUUCAUUUCAUGGCUGCUCUGGUAUGUCGUGUUCAGAGAUUGGCAGAGAACACACUUCCGGUUCGCUUGGAUUCAUCAUUUGCCACAAUAAAUACA